AUGGAUCCCGUAAAAUACAAGUGUUUGUCGAUAGCCGACAAAAAAAAAGUGAUCGCAGCAGUUGAAGCAGGUGAAAAAAAAAGAUGUUGCUCUACGUUUUGGUAUCCCACCUUCUACGCUUUCAACAAUACUAAAACAAAAUCUUACAACAUUAACACCUUAUUCAUCGCGGAUCAGACAGAAAAAAUGCAAAAUAAUAUUCCAAUAUCAGGACCUAUUUUAAAAGAAAAAUCUAAGUUGUUUGCUACCAACUUAGGUAUCACAAAUUUUCAAGCUAAUGAGGGUUGGUUGGAAAAAUUUAUAAAACGUCAUGGUUUAACUUUCAAAAAAGUAUGUGGAGAGAGUGCAAGUGUUGAGCCGUGCAUUUCACAAGAUCGGAAAAAUGAGUUAAUCGAUCUAUUGGUUGAUGAUUAUGAUGCUAGGGAUAUUUUUAAUGCCGAUGAGACCGGACUUUUUUACAAAUGUUUACCAGAUCGCACUUUGACAUUUAAAAACGAAAAAUGUCAUGGUAGUAAAAAUAGUACAGAACGGAUAACAGUGAUGUUGACCGCGAACAUGGAUGAAUCACAGAAACUUAAGCCCUUAAUGAUCGGAAAAUUUGCUAACCCACGCUGUUUUAAAAACGUAAAAUCUUUCCCACUAAUGUACCGGUCAAAUAAAAAGGCGUGGAUGACAGGUGUAUUGUUUACAGAGUGGUUGUUAUGUAUCGAUGUAGAUAUGAAAAAGGCAAAUCGAAAAAUUUUGAUGUUCGUUGACAACUGUACCGCACACAAUAAUAUUCCUCAUCUUGAAAAUAUAAAAAUUCAUUUUUUACCUCCCAACACUACAUCAACUCUCCAACCACUAGACCAAGGAAUAAUAAAAAAUUUUAAAAUGAUGUAUCGAGAGGAAAUUGUUCGAGCAUGGGUGAUGUUCCAUGUAAAAUUUCUAUACUCACUGCUAUGGAAAUGGUACACAAAGCAUGGGAAAAUAUUAGUGCAUAAACCAUCGUGA